GAAAAGUCAUUUGUGAAAAGACCUGCGCGGGAAUUGAAUUUGAAUUUAUUUUGUGUUUAAAUAAAAUUUGUUUAUUUCUUUCAUAAAAUUGCACAAAAAUAAUACAAAAACAUGUCAACAAAAACCCUAACCAAUGACUUGGACAACUGUUUAAUCAAUUUCGAUCACAAAAUAUUAAUCACCAAUUUGUUGGACGAUUAUGGUGGUUUAUUAGAAGAAACUGCAAAAACAGUUCAACAAUUUCUCGCUGCCGAAGAAAAAAAAGGCAAAGAAUUUGAGAAAAUUUACCUUCUUCGUGGAACUCAAUUAGAUUCUAAUGAUGAGGUAAUAACUUUAGUAAAUAAUGAUAAAUUGAAUGAAAGAAAAGAAAAACUGAGAAAUGCUCAGAGUUUGCUUUACAGUGCCGAAAUAAAAGGUGGCACCAAAUCACCACCAACAGAAUUUGUUCCAUUGCGACAAAUGGCAAUUAAAUUAGACAGUUUGGUUGUCAAAGAUAUUCCAGUGAUGGUUAAUCCUGGACUGUUGCCAACUUCGUCAAAUGGAACAAGUUCCGUCAAAGAAUCGGUGGCAAAUACAAAAAAACCGGGAGGCGCUCUUGGAGCAAUGUUUAAAAAACAAGAAACUAAAGAAGCAGCAGCUUCUGCUGCUCCAAAGUCGGCUCCCGACACAAGUACACCAAAAAGACCAGAACCUGAAAAGAAAACAGACAAAUCAGGUCCUCUCGGGGCAAUGUUCAAAAAACAGGAAGCCGCGGCUUCUAAAAAGAGUCCCAAAGCCGAACCAGAGAAGAAAACUAAUUCUCUGGGGGCAAUGUUUAAGAAACAAGAAGCUGCCGCUGCUAAAAAGUCUCCCACAAAGUCAAAUGACAAACCCGAUUCCAAAUCGUCUAGAACAAAACUUUCUAGCUUCCUCACAAAAAAAGACGAAGAUAAGCCCAAAUCUUCUCCUCCUAAAAAGAAAGAAACCCCCAAAAUCAAAGAGGAACCUACACCAUCAAAUAUCUCAGUAAAUUUAUUUGAAGAGAGUGAAUCUUCGGAUGAUGAAGAAGCUUUGGACGCUUUGAAGCGUCAAGUUCUUACAGACGAAGAUGAAAAUGAUGAUGAUAAACCAGCGACAAGUAAUAAACGUCGUCGGAUUGUUGAUUCCGACGAAGAUGAGGAAGAUACUGGGCCAGAAGUUAAAAUCGAACGAAAAGAAGAGACCGAAGAAAAAGUCGAAGAAAUGGAAGUUGAGGAAACAGAGGAACCAACAAAAUCGGAAACAUUCUUGGAUGAUGAUGGAUUUGUUGUUACGAAGAAGGCAAAAAGGCAAUCACUUCCUAAAAAGAAACCGAAUCCAACUCCGGUGAAGAUUAAAACUCCAUCGAAAGUUAAGAAAGAAAGUCCACCGUCGAGUAAGAAGAAGGAAACAACGAGUAAGACAACAACAGGUCCGAAAACGAAACAAGGGAAUAUUAUGAACUUUUUUACAAAGAAAUAAAUUUUUAAUAAAUAUGGGAAAAGGGGUAGGAGGGAGCGAGAGCUAUUUUUUGAAUGAAAUAAAGGUUAGAAUUUAUGUUACAGAAA